AUGUCUAGUAGCGCAAUAAAAAGUAUGGCAGACGAAAACCAAACUCCUAGAAUCGAAUAUAUUGUUAAAUGCGUUCGAAAUGAUGUACCAGACAGUGAAGAAAUACUUCAAGCUUUUCAAAAUCGAAAAGACUGUCAUCUUUUAUGCUUAAGCUACUUAAAUCCAUCAUUAUUUAUUGGAUGUUCGGCAUUUUUCGCAGAUAUACUUACAAAAUUCGUAACUAAAAAUUGGGAUCAAUUAGAUAUUCAAACACAGAAAUAUUUCAUUACCGCAACAGCUAUUGUAUUCAAGCUUGCAUAUCAAUACAUGGCAUUUAAUGACGAAAAUGCGAUUUCAAUACAUCAAUUAUUCGUUUCUAUAUUAAUUAGAUGUCUACCAAACAAAUAUCCAGCUGGUCUCAAUACUUUACUAUUCUUUGACAAAAAUAAUCGAAUGAGUUAUCAUCAUUCACUUCAUUCUUUAUAUUAUUUAUUCCAACAAGUAUUUGAAUCUCAGCAAACAAGUGAUGAUCAGAAGGAAGUUGUUAAAUCAUUCAUAACUCAAAAUCAAGAUAAAAUUAUUCAAAUUUUUAAUUUUGCUUACGACGAAGGCUUAGAUUGGCAAGCAAUCUCUUAUGCAUCGUCAUCAUUGCUUUUAAUGAAGGAUUACAUUAAGUCUACAGUCCUUAAAAAUUUAAUAAAAUUAAAUCAAACAAUAAACCGUUUCAUGAAGGUUGAAAACGAUAUAGAAAACCUUGGAUCAAUACUACUUUACAUAUCAGCUGUUAUUUCGAACUUUCCAAACAACGAAUCUUUGAAAAAUUAUUUUGAACAAUUUCUUGAUGUUAUACUUCACUACACUGAAAAUGAGAACCUAUAUUCAACAUACAGCAAGGAAGUAACUGAUUUCUUGAUUUGUUUUCUAGUAAAUCACUUUGAAAUUUUUAAUUUUCAAAAAAUGCCAGAUCUUGUUGACAAAUCAAUUAAAAUACUAGAAUGUCUAUGGGAUAGUGAUUUUAUCUCAUCUAUGAUCAGCUACUGUCGAUUUUGGAAGACAAUUCUUGAAAAAUAUAACCAAAUUUCAGAAAACAAGAAUUUAAUGGAAUAUUACAUUAACCAUCUACCAAAAUAUGUUGAAAAAGUACUUCCGGCCUUUCUUCCUUCAAGAGAAUUUCAAGCUGAAUUUCCUGAACAAAUUGAGCUUGAUAAGUACCUUAAAGAGUCAUUCAGGCUCAUAUUUAUUAGCAAAUCUGAUUGUUUGAUUAAUAUAAUUAAUGAAAAAUCAAAUGAAUUGAAAAUUGAAUUUGAUUUAUCAACUUUAAUUGCAUUAACUUCAACAAUUACUUCAAUUUCAGAACAUAUUAAGCAAAAUGAAGCUAAUUCUAAUGUUAUUUCAGAAGUAAACAACCUUUUCAAGGAAAUUAUUGAAAAAGUCAAGGAUGAUGAAGAAAAUUAUAUUGAUACGAUUUUGUUAUUUACUGAUUUCUUGAAAUCAUUCCCAAUUUUGUUUUCAAAUGAUGAAAAUGAUGUACAAAUACUAAUUGAUUCGUUUAGAGUUCAGAGUGAAGCUAUUUGCAAAGAAAUUGUCGAUUUAAUGUCAAUGGAAACUUCAGAAAAUUGUUUAGUUCCAAUGUUUCAGAAGGUUAAGUCAAAUUAUUAUGAAAUUUAUUCUCAAAUUACCAAUAAUGAGCAAAGAUCGAUGUCCUUAUCAUUACUUACUGACUACUUCAUUAAAAUUGAUGACAAAGAGUCUAUUUCAAGUGAAAUUUUGUUUAUGAUGUCAAAAGUUAGUGAAUCAAAGGUUGACAAUAUGGAAGAAUUGCUAAACAAUGCUUUAUGUCUUGAGUCAAUUAUGAUGAAUUCCUUUAAUUACUGUUUAGAAAACAAAAUUUUUGAUAAUCUUUCAACAACAGAAUUCUUAAGUAAAAUCUCGGAAUAUCUUGCUAGUGUUAGCACUAAUGAUGGUGAAAACAAAUCCAAAUGCCUUCAAUCAACUAUUAUCUCAAUUUUGUUAUUGUUUGUUAAGUCAGAAGUUAAUCUUGAUAAAAGUAUUAUUGAUCAUUGUAAGAAUAAGCAAAUAAUUUGUUCAGAUAAGAAACUUAUUCAAUAUGUUUGUGAUUUAUAUCAAAAGUCGGAUCAUUUUGGUAUUGAAAUUAUAGAAGAAAUUUUAGAACUAGUACUUCUUCAGGAUAUUCCGCAAAUUUUGAACGAAUCAAUUGUAAAUUUGUUGGAAAUAACAGUUAAAGAUAAAAAUGAAUCCGAAAUUCUAUCUAAGAAUGCUCAGAAAAUCUUAACUAAGCUCAGUUCAAUCAGAAAUUCGCAAAGUUUAGAUUUAUAUCUUUCAAUAAUCAAAGAAAUUGACUCAAAUCAUCUGGGUUUCGAAGAGUUAUUAGCUGAUAUGUUAUCUUAUAUUUAUAAAUUUUAUGAAAAUGAUCUGAUUCAGAAGCAAUGUGAAAUUGUAAGGAUUCUUCUCAUGAAAUGUCAAAAUGAUGAUAAAUCUGAGUUCCUUAGCUCUAUAUUGCAAAGUCUAUUUCAGGAUGAUAUUGGCCAUAAAAAUGAUAUUUCAAAUUUGAUUAAUUGUUUAAAUGAUAAGCAAGAAUUCUUCGUCAAAUUGUCAUCAUUCCUCAAGUGUAUGCCUAUAGUUGUAUCAAAUUAA